GCUCACUGUUAGGGAUUGGAGUUCGAAUCUGUGUGGCGUCCGAUGGCCUCUUCUCGCUUCUUGACGAUCGGACUGCUCGAUCGGGUUCCUUUUUGGCUGCUGGUGGAUUGGAAUUAACGCCUUGAUUUGUUUUGGUUUGCCUGGUGAUAUUUGUUCUUGUGUUCUGUGGAAUUCUCGAGGUUUGUCGAUGAUAGGGCUAUGAAGUUUUGUACAUCUUGAACAAGUAUGCCUGCAAUCAGAAGGUUAUAUGAUGUCUGUAAAAUAUCAUUCUCUGAUAAUGGACCUCUAUCUGCUGAAGCCCUUGAACAUGUUCGUUCUGUUUUAGAUGAUAUCAAACCUUCUGAUGUGGGACUUGAAGAUGAGGCUCGGAUAGCACGAGGGUGGAAUGUUUCCACACAUGGUUCAAAUGGAAGAAAAGGGCGUAAUGGAAAUAAUCAGUACCUGCCUCCUAUCAAGUAUCUGCAUAUACAUGAGUGUGAAAGCUUUUCUAUUGGGAUAUUUUGCAUGCCACCUUCAUCUGUUAUUCCACUUCAUAACCAUCCAGGAAUGACUGUUCUUAGCAAACUUCUAUAUGGGACAAUGCUUGUCAAAUCAUAUGACUGGGUAGAUACAGUAGAACCCGUUGAUCCAUCCAAAGCUCGACCAGCAAGGCUUGUUAGAGAUGCUCAAAUAUCAGCCCCCUGUGGGACGACGAUCCUUCAUCCAACGAGUGGCGGAAACAUUCAUUCGUUCAGAGCAAUUACUCCUUGUGCUCUCUUCGAUGUUCUAUCACCCCCAUACUCGUCAAAAGAUGGACGGGACUGCUCCUACUUCAAGAUGUCUUCAAAAAAAGAUCUUUCCGGUGUUUUGCCUAGCGCAAUAAGGUCUUCAGAAGUGGCUUGGUUGGAAGAGUGCCAACCACCGGAGAGCUUUAUCAUCAGAAGAGGGCCAUACAGGGGCCAGAUUGUUGAUACUAGAUGAAUUAAAUUUAUAGCUCUUUUAAUGA